CGUCCAGUGUGCAUCAUUUGUUCAGCGUUCUCGUCCCGUUCUUAGUGUUUGAUUGGAGUCCGUACAGUAAUUAGUCUCUCACUGCGUUCGGUACCAGCCUUUUCCUUUCGGUCAGCCCCACACGUUCGCCUCGAUCGAGUGUUUCUUUCUUUUCGCCGUGGAAAAUCCAAUUUCCAAACUAGUUUCGUUGUGCGUUCCUGUCCGUUCCCAAUUAAUUUGAAGUCAUUUGUGCGUGUAUAAGUGUGUGUUUUUUGUCUACUACAAUUUUUUUUUUUUUUUUGGAGCAAACUACUAGCCAACGUCCAGCAUAAUCAUGAAUGAACAGCACGAUCCUAUCGGAAUGUUGGCCACGAUCUUUGGCUCGGAGAGGCUCGAAGAUGCGAACUUUCUGUUUGAUUACCAGCUGCGAAUGCUGUACCAAUCGUUUACAUCCAGCUGGAAGACGGUCGACUUUUUCUCAUCGGAGAUGGCCUGCUACCAACGCCAGCACAACUCGAUUAAACUGACGAGCCGUUGCAUCCUGCUUGAUAAUCGGGUGAUAGUGCCACGCCACCUUCGGACCCAGUGUCUGGAACACUUUCACCGGGGCCACGCCGGGUUCCCGCUGAUGCACAAGCAGGCAGCCCAGUUCCUCUACUGGCCGACGAUGGAUUACGACAUCGUGGAGUUUAUUCGAGCGUGCGCCGUCUGUGACAAGAUGAUACCGUGCAUCCCCAGGAACUACUGUAGCCUGCCCUGGAUGCAGUUUAUCGUGCGCAUCUUUCCGCUGAAGUCGCGGUUCCUGCUGGUGGCAGUCGAUACGUCCUCCCUCUGGCCGGAGGUGGAGAUCGUAAUGAACAAACGGCCCACCGCGAUCGUGGGCGCGCUACGGUCGAUGUUCUCCCGAUUCGGUUUGCCGAAGCUGCUCCUCACCGAUCUCGAGGACCCGUUCAACACCACCUACUUCCAGUCCUUCUGCCGGGAGCAAGCGAUCAGACACGAGCCGAGCAUUCCGAUUCCGAACUGCCCGGCGGAACAGUUUAUUACCGGCCUGUCGUGUGCCAUCCCUUUUAUCCACACCACUGGGCAAACGCUCUCGGCGGCCGUGAAGGAGUAUUUAGAGAUUUAUCGCACCACACCGUGCGCCUUCCUACCGGGCAACCGAUCCCCUGCCGCAGUGCUGUUGGCCUACCCGCCGAAUCCGAAACCGAUCCCGUCAGACUUCUACAGUGACAUGCAGACGAUUUUGCGCAUACUGAUAUCGUUUGGGCCGCUCGGGCACCAACUCCGCAGCCGGCAGACCCAAACAAACAACGACAGCACCGAACGAACGGUGGUCUCUAGCUCAUCGGCCUACAGUCGCCCAUCACGUCGCCACGAUUAGUUUUUGGUUUUUUUUCUACACUAAUGUUUAAUUCCCGGUCAGCCUUUGAGGCAAAAAGCUAUUUUGUUGUUACCCUGAAAGUAGUUUUGUUUUUAUGUUGUUGUUUUUUUUUAAUUCGAAUCAUUAAACUAACAUCGUAGUUGAAAUGUAGUGGCCAUAUCUAUGAUGCUAUUCGGCGUAGCAAGCAUCUUCAUCUUAGCCUUAUUCAAUCUCUCGCGGUUCACACCCAGCUAC